AUGUUCAUGGUGCUGUAUGUAUGGUCCACCUACUCCACGCCGGCGCCCUUCUCCAUCCGCUACAACCUGGACCUCAUGCUCUGCGCGCUCUUCGCGACCGAGUUCAUCUUCCGCCUUGCGGAGGCGGAGAGCAAAACGCGCAUGCUGUGCUCGGUCUGGAACGUCCUGGACUUUGCAGCCUUCUUCCCGCCGCUCUUAGAGCUGGCGCUGAUGUACGGUGCCAACCUGCCCUUCCGCCUCGGCCGCUUCGACUUGCGCUGGUUCAAAAUCUUGCGGGCGCUGCGAGUCAUGCGCAUAAGUCUGUUGGCGGGCGAAAUGCGGUCGAUGCACCUGAGCAGCAGUGGCGCGCUUUUGUCGGGAGCGGCCAGCAUCCGCCUGUACCAGCUCGUGGCAUCCGUGCUCACCCUGCUCUUCACCACCUCUGCCAUAGUGCACCUGGUGGAGCGCAUCCCUUUCUUCGACGCGCUCUAUUUUGUCACGACCACGCUCACGACGGUCGGCUACGGCGAUGUGGUGGUGUCCUCCCUGCUGGGCAAGGUGGCCGUGCUGGGCAUGAUCUGCGUUGGAGUCGUGCUCAUCCCCGUGCAGACCAGCCAGCUGUACGCGCAGCUCACCGCGCGCAGGGUGACUCUGGGCACGCUGCCGGGCGCGAAGGCUCCCAGCGUGCUGGUGGGCACGAGGCUGAGCGAGGUGCGCGGGUUCAGCGACUUCUUCUCCGAAUUCUUCACCGCGCUGCGCACCGUCCACUUCCCGCCCAAUCUGCGCAUGGAGCUGAACGACCGGCGGCUGACGCUGGCGGAGGGCAGCUGCCUGAGCGAGCGGGACCUGGUGCGUACACAGGCCCACAGCGCAGCCGCCAUCCUGCUGCUGGCCGACCGCUUCUCACCCUCCGCCCACCAGGAGGACCUGGGCCUGCAGUUCCAGGUGUGGGCGGUGAAGAGCUACACGAAGAGCGUGCCGGUGUACGUGCAAGUGCUGCAGCGCGACAGCCUGCGCAUGCUCGCUCCCUUUUUAGACCCCGAGCGAGACGUCCUCGUCAGCGUCGAGCAGAUGCGCCACCGCCUGCUGGCGCUCUCCUGCCUCUGCCCGGGAGCAUCAACUCUGAUCGCCAACCUGCUGCGGCGCGCGUCGGUGCUUCCGCCCGAGGCGCAGCCGCAAACGGCCGCAGGCCGCCGGUGGCUGCGCGCGUACCUCAACGGUUGCGCCUUCAAGGUGUUUGACACGGUGCUGCCGGAGCACCUGGCGGGCCUGCCCUUCUGCGAGCUGGUCGAGUGGCUCUACCGCACCGCCAACUUUGUGCUCAUCGGCGUGAUGGCUGGCAAGAAGGUGGUGCUCAACCCGGGCCGGCGGCGGCUGAAGGGCGGCGAGGCCGGGGUCUUCAUGGCCACGUCACAGGCCGCUCUGGACGAUGCGUUGACGCGGCCUUUCUCGCGGCCGCUCCACCCCUCCGACCCUCGCCACUACCUCGACGCGCCCAUGCCCGCGGGGACGCCCGACAGCGACGAUUAUUUUCACGAGGACCCCAAGCAGCUCUGCAUCCCGGACAUUCCAGACGACCUCAACACCGAGUCUGACUCCAUCGACCUCGACGAUGUUCCCUGCCGCGUCGAGGACUCUGUACCCAUGCCGUCCACACCAGCAUCCAGCUCAGCAGCUAAUGCAGUUUCCAGCUCAGCGUCCACAUCAGCAUCCAGCUCAGCGCCGGCCGCCGGCGGCAGAGAGCCGGGGGCGCGUCGGCCGCCGUCGGCGGGAUCACCCAUCAGCAGAAUCGAGGAGGCGGUGGACCGGCACCGGGACGCGGUGCUGGGCCGCGCGCCGAUUACUAAGGCGGCCGACGCAAUCCGCGCGACGGCGCGCGCGGCCGCCCGGGGCCCCGAGCGCGUGCUUGCGUCCGAGUCUUAUGAUGAAGAUGACUUUGAUCUGGAGGACGACGAUCCCGAGGAGCCGGAUAGGGGCGUGGACCCCAAUGAGUCACUCGAUGACUCAUCCAUGCGUCCCGCCACAUCAGCAGCAACAGAUCAGAAAGAGCAGCAACCGGAAAUGGCUGACGCGGAUGCAGAAGGCUCCGGCGAGGAUGUUGGAGUGGGGUUUGUGGAUGACUACAUGGAGGAGCGGCGGCAGGCCAGCAGCACAGAAGCCACGUCAACCUCUGGACGAGAAGAGGAGGCAACGGGUCCGCUGGGAGACUUGGCGGGCCACGUGAUAGUGUGCGGGGCGGCCGGCAGCUUUGUCAACUUCGUGGAGCAGCUUCGGCGGUGCGAUCCGAUGCCAACCCCCGUCGUAGUGCUCCACCCGACGCGGCCGUCCGCCGCCUGGCCCGCGCUGCGCGCACUCGGGCCCGUGCACUGGGUCGCCGGCGUUCCCUCUGACGGCGCCUCCCUGCGAGCGGCCCGCGCCAAGCAUGCGCGUGCGCUCGCCUACCUCGCCCACAGCUCCCGCCCCAGCAAGGAGGACGCCGGGGCAGGCGAGGAUCCGGAGUGGGCGAGCGUGCGCGACCGGGCGGUGCUGGCGGACGCAGAAGGGUUACUAACCUGUUACGGUGUGGGAGAGGAGUCCAGCGCGGCGCUGACUCAUGCGGUCAUAGAGCUGUGCUACACCUCCUCCGUGCGCUUCCUGCAGCCCGGCCUGCUCCUGCAGGGGGUGGGGGCAAAUGACGCUGGGGAUUUUGGCGCCCAGAAGGAGCCGCGCAAAUCGUGGCAGAUGCGCAAGCGGCAGGAGCGAGCCGCUCUCAAGGAGGGCCUCGCAGAGUGGCAGGCCAACCCUUACUACUGCGCCGGCCGCGUGACUGUGCCCGCCAUAAUCGACACCCUCUCCGCCAGCUUCUUUAACAGGUGUGUAAUAAUAAUAAUAAUAAUAAUAAUAAUAUUAAUACUGUGUCAGGCGCAGCAGGCAAUGCUGACGAGCCUGAUGACUGAGCUGGCAGGGGACGACGGCAGGGCCGGAGGAGCGCUGCUCAGACAGGUGGAUGUUGGGGAGGACAUGGUGGGCAGGACAUAUGGCGAAAUGUUUGAGCGGCUGGCGCUGCAGCAGCGGCUUAUUCCCCUUGGGCUAUACCGGCGAAAGAGUGAAAACCCUGUGUGGCGGCUUAGCUACACGGUGACUAAUCCACCCUGGCACGAGCGGCUGGAGGCGAAUGACAAGGUGUACGUUCUGCGCGAACGGGGAGGACCGUGGAUGGCCUGA